AUGUCCGGCCGCAAGCUGGGAGGCGGUCGCAUCUUGGGCAGCGGGAAAGGCCUUGCCCCUCCCACGCCUCCUGCAGUCCACGGUCGUGGCCAUCAGCGAACGCCGAGUCCUUUUGCUCCCUCCGAAAGCACCCUGUCGCUCAACUCCUCCUCGGCAUCGCCGCCAGUCUCGAGUCCACUCCCCGACUAUUCCCAAGACCUGACGUCAAACAUCAGCGUUGGCGGCCCCUCCAGGUCCUCCGCCACGAGCUCAAAGCUGGUUUGCCCAAUAUGCGACGAGGAAAUGUCUCUGACACUCCUCAGACACAUCGACGACAACCACCAAGAGCUUCCCGAGGUCGAACAGGAUGAAGUCAGGACCUGGUUCGACAAGCAGGUCCUCAAGGCCAAAAAGUUCCAGCCGCUUUCCAUAAUCAACCAAAAGCUCAGAGGCCUCGAUGUCUUCGAAUCCAACGAGUCCCUGCCCAUUGCCCCGCCCACCACCGCCAGACUCGUCGAGGGCCCGAUCGAUCCGGACGAGCUCAUCACCCGAUCGCAUUGGCAGCGACAGACAAGCAACGACCGAUGCACCGACCCGACAUGCGCAAAGGGCCUGGGCGCUGUUAACGGCAGCAUCAACUGCAGGAAAUGCGGCAGGCUGUUCUGCGAGGAGCACACCAUGUACCAGAUGAGGCUGGCGAGGUCCGCCCAGCACGACCCCGUGCGGGGGUAUUGGGUUAGGGUGUGCGAGACGUGCUACAAGUCGAGGGACGGCUACAAUGACCACAAUGGCGUGUUAAUCGACCACACGUCGGCUUUUGCGGAAAUGCGCCGAAAGAGGGUGGAGAGGCAGAAUCUCGAGGUGGCCAGACUGGAGAAGCGUUUAACGAAGCUUACGCAGCUGCUUGCGAAUGCCCCCGAAGACGUCACGACCAACAGCAACAACCUGCUGGCCCCAGUAGCGACGCUGACGGGCCAGAAAAACCAGAGGAAAUUAUUGGAGCAGUCGGUGGUUACCUGGGAGGACGACGCCUCUGUCACACAAUGCCCCUUCUGCCAGCAAGAGUUUGGAUCAUGGACAUUUAGGCGCCACCAUUGUCGAAUAUGCGGGCGGGUGGUUUGCGCCGACCCAUUGACGGGCUGUUCGAGCGAAGUGGGAUUGAGCGUAGCGAAUCUACCAGCCACGAACCCGGCGACGGAGAAGCCCCCGACCACGGCUCAGCCUGGCCAGCUGAGUGUCGAUGUGCGAAUGUGCCGCGAUUGCAACCACACCAUCUUUUCAAAACGUGAUUUUGCCGCUACCAUUAUGCAUAAACCCCCGGAUCAGCGCGCCUACGAGACACUUCGCCAGUUUGAGCGCGGCAUCCGGCAGCUCAUGCCUAUUUUCCAACGCACACUGCUAGCACUGCAACCAGAAAGCGAGGAUGGGUCUGAGGCACCAAAGCCUCCACCAACUCACGCCCAGAUCCAAGAGGCCUCCAAGAUUCGCAAACGACUCACCGAUGCCUUUACCAAGUACGAUACGGCGGCGCGCCGUUUACGCGACAUGAAGACGAAAUCCAAGACACAGCUGCGCUUGCAACAAGCCGUAUACGCAGCCGCAUCUACUUUCCUGCAUACCCACAUGCUCACCCUCAAGUCCGUCCCUCAGAUCCUCCGCUCCCGGUCGUCGCAUUCCUCGCGGCUGCUCGCUCUUCAGGGCAGCGCCAACGGCUCCUCGUCAUCGUUGCACCUCUCGCCCCUCCGGAACGGAGAACUCGCAGAAUCCGAGACGGCGAGCCAGGCCAGCGAGACCAGCACCGCGGUAUCGCAGCUGGAGACGGAGGAGAAGGAGGCCCGCGAGCGCCUCAUUGUGCUUGAGGAGCAAAAGUUCAUGGUGCAGCAGAUGGUGGACUCGGCGCGCGGGGCGAGGCGCUUCGAAGAGGUCAGCGCCCUCACUCGUAACGUGGAGGAGCUCGACAGGGAGAUUGAAAAGGCCAAGAAGCUCGUGGGAGGAGUCGAGCAGCGGUGGGAGGGGCUGUACGCGUCCGGUAUCACGCGGUGA